GUCCCAACUCAUUCUCCUCUUGUCUGACUACAACUUGCAUUGACCAUGGACAGAGAUUACCACAAUUCUAGCGGCUAUGAAAAUAGCGGCCAUCGCUUCUCAGCAAACAAUAUCAGACAGAACUAUGCCCAUCAUAAUAGUCGCCAAGAUCGCGAUGACAAUGCUUCACAAAGCAACAGGAGAAAUGGUGGCCCAGGAGGCGGUGGAAUGGAUCGAGGAAGCUCAUUCUCGCGUGGCUCCAACCAAAACUAUUCUUCAAGCUCGCGGAGCGAAUACCCCAAUUCUCGUGAUGGCUACCUCACUCAUAGCUCUGGUGGUGGUGAUAAUCGCGGUCCUGGACGCUAUUCGAGCGAUACUAAACAAUAUCAGAGUAACAAUAAUAAUUAUGAUAGUAAGGGAAGAGACUCUACAAAUUAUUCUUCUUCUGAACCCCGUCCUAAGAACCCCACCGAUUCACUCAAAGCGUAUCAGCAAGCCAAGAGUAGUGACCCCUUUGCAGUUGGGGUUGAGUCCUCGGCUACUUACUUCCAUGAGACUUAUGACAAGCUUGACCGCAAAACCGGCUUGGCAGACCACUACUCAGGUACUAAGCACUCUGUGACAAUAAUCAAAACAUUCUGUGAGAUGGCUACUCAAACGACGGAAGACGAUGUCUUGCCCCAUGAAUCAACCUGGAACGGUAUUCAGAUUGUCCGUGUCACUAGAAAGCAUCCUACAGACAAAGCUUCGCCGGGCUAUACUCAGCCACCUACAGAGCAUACAUCGUCGUUAUUGAAAGCUGUCUCAGGCACUGGUUCUUCUAUUGCAAAUGCCGGAGGAUCUUCAAAACAGCAUCAACACAGUCAAGACCACUAUCCACCACAGCAGCGUAUGACCCGUUCAGACGAUCCCACUCGCGGGUCGAAUGCUCCUGGCUAUGGAACAGGAGCAAGAUAUUUAGACAAAACUUCUGCACCAAGCAGGUCCCAAAAUAUUCCACAGGAGGAUGAGCAACCACAAUGGUACGGCUCUACGUCAACCACUCGUGGCCUCUCGUCGCAACCGAAUGAUGGUUUCGGUACGGCGAAUAAUACGGGAACUGCAUCUCAAAAUCAAUCUUCUGCGAUGCCUGCGAUCGAUCAGUGGUCGAUUACUCCAGGCGCCACGUCCCAAAAGCCGUCUGCUGCAGCCCCAGCCAUUGAUCAGUGGUCGAUUACUCCAGGCGCCACGUCCCAAAAGCCGUCUGCUGCAGCGCCAGCUAUCGACCAAUGGUCGGUUGCUCCAGGUACUAAAGGGUGGGAUGCUACGCCAGGGCAAAAGAGUGUGGGCUCCAUGGUUGACUGGAGUAGCGGCAAAGUUGAGGGCUUCCCUGAAGAGGCUAAACCCAAGGCAAUGCCUUUAAUUGGAGCCCAAGGGAUACAGCAGCAGCGGUCUUCACAGCAUCAACAUCAAUUUUCGCAGAGAGACACAUUCAAAACAGACAGACCCGUUCCCCGGGGCCAAGAGCUUCAUCAGUCUUUGGCUGAAUCUCAACAGCAAGGAUUCAAAUAUGAUGACGUUGAUGAGAAAGAUGGAGGAGGAAGGCGAGCCUUUACUGAAAAUUCCUGGAUGGGUGAAGGUGGCGGCAGCGGUAAUGUAGCAGGGGAGUAUCGGUCGGAUGAUGGGUAUCCGCGUGCAUCGGAUACCCGUGGAAAAGCUCCUGCCAGGGAUUCCCAUCAACUAGACACACAGGCGCAGAGCGGAUAUGGCGGCAUUAGUGACCAGCGGAGCUCGACAUUUGCAUCACCUCCAGCUCAGGAACGUAGAGCUAUGACUUCAGAGGAACGGUUUAAUAAUAGUAAUAGCCGCCGAGACAGUGUACAGAGCAACUUUAGUUCGGUAGGCAGUGGAGCAACAGCAGUCAGCGGAGGUAUGUCAUCUGCCAGUGGAGCAACAGCAGUCAGUGGUUCAGCUCCAAGUACUUCACGGGCGUAUGGUGAUCGAGCAUUGCAGCCUCGCGGUGGUGGUCAAUACGAUAACGAACCUUAUAGAAGCGGAGCUGAUCGCGAUGGAGCAAUAGCUCAACGAAGACGCAAUGAGGGUCGUGGGGAUCAAGGCCAGCAAUCGCAUCAACAUAAUUUCCGAGCUGGACCUGAUCCUAAUAGUCCCGCGCAGCCUUCUGCGCGGCGCUUUGUUAGCACUAAUCCUGGACAUGAAUCCGCUAUUUCAGCAUGGUCUGCAGCUUCAAUGGGCGCAACCAAGCUAAGUAGUAACCCUACAGGCGCUAAUGGCAAUAGCUACCCUACAGGCACUAUGUCUCCAUCGAUUACAUCAGCCGCAGAUGAGUCAGGUGGUUCAUCAUCUCAAUCGCCAACUAACAGAGCAUCCCAUUCGAGCGGAAACUCGGCUACGCCAGGUAUCCUAGCGACAGUGAAUGAUUUUCAGAGCUUCAUGGAGAAAGCUAAAGCGUUUACUCCAUCAGCUCCGACUAGACAGAAAGGAAACCAAAGAGGAAGGACGGACAGUGAUUAUGAUGGUAGUCGUCAUGAAGAUGAUAAUAGUGAGGGUACAGGGGGGUAUAGUCGAGGAAGUAGUGUUAACCGUGGUCCCGAAUGGGAGCGAGGCGUGCAGUCCUCCACGAACACGCAGCAACAGGAAGGGUCCGGCUAUCAAACGCCACAGUCACAUGAUCGCUCAAUUCCAGAGGAAGAGGCGAGGAUCGAGGACGAUACUGGAGCAGAUACAAAUGUAGAUACAAACGAAGUAGCGCAAGAGAGUAAAGUAAAGCCAAAUUGGUCUUUGCAAGCGGAUCAAAAUGAUGAGAGCGAGGCGGAAUUUGAGCGUAGAAGAGAGAUGGGAUGGCAAAGCAUUACUUCCAAUGAUGGUAAUAAUGGAGAGACACCACCUUUAUCCGGAGAAUUGGGGAGCCAACGCGACAACGAAUCGUCGUCGCUUUCGCCCCUUGCGCCUGCCAGUCCUUCGACUACGAUUGCAGAUGAUCAAAGCCGCGUUGCUAUUGUGCGUACAAGCAGUAUUAGCAGCAGAGGUAGUGAUAGCAGUGAGGUGCUGAGUGCUAUGGCCAUGGAAGACAACCUACGUUCAUUUCAAAACCAAGCUAGAAGUACAAGCCCUGUGGUAACGAGAGGCACUACCCCCACCCCUGCUGUGGAUUUUGGUGUUACUGUAUCCUCUAACGCAACCGAGGAGCAUGGAGAAGAGGAUUCUCGAUCACAAGCGGUGGAGGAUGAGGAUUCUCAAUCACAAAUGACGGAGGAUAGAGAGAAGAAUCCUCAAUCACAAAUGAUGAAGGAUGGAGAGAAGGACGCUCAAUCGCAAGUAGUGCAGGAUGGAGAGGAGAAUCCUCAAUCACAAGUGGUGGAGCGGAAAGACGAACCCAAGAAGGAAAGUGCGGUUGAGAACGCAGAUGUUUAAAAAAACAAAAAUUCUUGCAACCUCCUUUUUUUAUCAUACGGUAGUUUUUUUUAUUGGUUCUUUCUUGCAGGGACAUUACUUUCACACACACAAAGUAAUUGCUUACUCUUUGCAUUUAAUAAACGACGAAAAUUUUG